AUGCUUCAGGUCAGGCAAUACAAGGCCAAGGAUUGUGCGCACCGUCAGGAUGGCGUUUGCUGGGACAAAUGUUCGAUUAGUUUGUCCCAGCCGGAUAUAACGCAAAAACUGACGGAGCGCAUAGACGACCUGAAGCAAAGAAUCGCUACUUGGGGAAAGCGGAUUCGGCGAUAUACCGAGAGGUCGACACGGUUCAACCAGAAUCGUCUCUUCCAGAGUGAUCAGAAGAGGCUCUAUAAAUCAUUGGAGCGACCAAUAGUAAGUGGAACGGGCCCAGCACCAAAUCAGGCCGACACGGUCGCAUUCUGGCGCAGCCUGUGGUCAGAGCCCGUAAACCACAACGAGGGCCCUUGGACGGAAGUUGUGGCGAGUCAGUGUGCGAGUAUUACGCCCAUGGACCCCGUCAUCAUAACGCCGGAUGACGUAGCUGAGGCGGUCCGUAGGGCCCUGAACUGGAAAAGUCCGGGGCUUGACGGGCGGUAUCACUACUGGCUGAAGGGGUUCAAGAUGUGA